AUGAUGGCAGGCGGUAUCCACUCGAAUCGAUGGCGGGAUUACCUUCGAGACAUCCAUCGCGUACUUCGACCAGGCGGUUGGUGUCAAAUGGUGGAGAUAUACUUUAACGCGCAGUCAGACAACGGAACGUUGACUCAAAGUAGACCCCAGGGCGCCAAUGCAGAUGCAAAGUUGGAUGCAAAGUGCUGGAUUCGACUCGGUGGAAACCCAAAUGAUCCCUCUCCCGACUUGCGAAUGACGUCUCAAGAGUUCCAAGUGUUGGUAGCUCAAGCAAGGAGCGAGGCUGAUAACCCGGCGUUCAGGGUGAGUUCCCUGCCCCCAAAACAAUCAUCUUUUUUUCGAGUGGGAAUGCCUACUAACAUUCGAGCCACUCUCGGCGGCUCUUCCUAG